AAACAAGGGAACCGCAUACCGGACGCCGGACGGGAGACACCGUGUCUGUCUGAAGCCAUUCCCAGAGAACUUGGUUAUGUGCGGCAAUUCUUCAUCGUGCGUUCAGUUCUGAAGAAGAUAGUGGUUCAGGUGAUUGGGGAAGAAUAUGAGUGCAGAGGUUGAAAAGGCAUCUUGUAUCGAGUCUAGAAGUGCAAAGAUGUCUGGAGCAACUGUUACUUCUGCUGCACCUAUGGGAAGCCAAAAGGUUUCCAUGUUUGCAGCAAAGACUGGGUUUGUUAUACCAAAAAACAAACUUUCAGGGUCUUUGGUUCCCAUCUUCCGAGUGAACAAAAAGUUGGGAGGGAAUGAAUCCGCUAAUGGAGAAAAUGUGAAACAGACCCAAAGAAAUACAAAGUGGGGUCCUGAUUUAACACAGGAUACUGCUGUCAGAAAGGGGAGGCUCAUAGCUUAUCAGACUCGAUUGGAACAAAUCAGGGUACUCCUUAAAUCUGGAACUUUGGAGGUUCCAAAGACACAAGUUUCUGAAGCUGAGAAUGUGGAUGAUAAUUCCCCUGGACCUCAAGGGAAUAAUAAGAAUAUACAGGCGCUGAACAAUGAACUUUUGGAACUUGAAAAACGUGAAGUUAUUGGUGAAAUACUAAAACUGAAUCCAAGUUAUAAGGCCCCUCCUGAUUAUAGGCCCUUGUUGAAAGAGGACAGCUUACCUCUCCCGGUUAAAGAAUAUCCUGGUUACAACUUUAUUGGCUUAAUAUAUGGCCCCAGUGGUGAAAAUCAAAAGCGAUUAGAAAAGGAGACUGGAGCCAAAAUACGAAUUUGCGGCAUUAAAGCAGGGACAGGUGAAAAGGAUGAAAUUAAACCAACUGAUGUACACGAAACUCAGAACGCUUAUGAAGAGCUGUACGUUUGCAUGUCAGCUGAUACAUUUGAUAAGAUUGAUGCUGCAAUUUCUGUUAUUGAACUCCUAAUCACCUCAAUAUCGGGAAAUCUGGCCACUGGCUCCACAUUGUCUGACUUGGUUUCUACGGAGGAAAGUUCUUCCAGCCGAGCCGAGGGUACUACAGUCUCAAAUAUGGGGCAGACUCCUGUGCCGAACCAGGGGGUUAUGCAUCAACUACAAGUUUAUGCGCCAACUCCGAUGCAAGGCCAGUUUCGUUAUCCUAGUGCAUGGCCUUCUCACAAUUUACCGCCUGCUCCUGCAUUUAUUUCCCCACAAGAUCCUCCGUCAUCAUUUUCUCGUCCACCUGCUCCAGUUGCUUUCAAUCCAGCUUUCCGGGGCCCUCCUGUUCCUCCUCCAAGACAGCAGUUUCCUGCACAGGACUUGCAGCAACCUUUCAUGACUCAAACCAGUCACGUUGGCCAACCCAGAGUAAAUGCUUUGACAGUUCAACGCCCCUCAUUGGUUCCUUCUAAUGUCUCAAAUCCAAACUUCACUGGUAGUGGUCAAUUACCUUCAGGACCACUCCCGAAUAUGCCAGGAUCAUCAAUUCCCUCAGCUUUGCCUCAACUUGUUCCUGGUAGCAUUCCUCCUGGACCACGGCCUGACCGUCCAUUAGCACCUAGCAUAGUUUCUACUGGUUUUUCUGGUCCCGCAGUUGGCAGCUCAGCAUCUAUGGGUCCAAAUAACAUGGGGCAGAUGGCUCUAUCGAUUGCCCCACCCUUUCUGCCUCGUGCAGCUCCACCGCAUGGUGUUAAUUCUUCUGGCACAGCAUCUGCAAAUGCAGCAGUAGCCAAUGUAGAUGGAUAUGCAUCUUUUACUUCUGGGCCGCCCACCCCCCAAGCUAUGAGUAUACAUAAAAAUCACCCUAUUACACCUCCAAUUCCGUCACCCCAGAUGGGGCAUCGCCCACUAUUUGCAGCACAUAAUCCUGCUGGUAACUUCAUUGCUGGAUCUGCUUCAACCCCUCCAACACCACCUACCAAUACCAGCAAUUUUACAUUCCAACCACGUGGUCCACAAAAUCCAUCUCCUCAUACAAUUCUGAAUUUGAACAUUCAAAACACACCUACCGUACCUACAUUGCAACAGCCUGCAUCUGGGGCGCCAUCUUUCCAUCCAGCAGCCCCAAAUUUUAUGAGAGCUGCCAAUCAACCCUUUCCCGGACCUCAAGCUGGCAGCCAGAUAGGUAAUCAUCAAAUUCAAGAGGUAGCUUCAAAUCCUAUUGGCAUGCAGGUCUCGGCUAGGAUUCCUGCUUUCCUCGAUCAAGGUCCUCGAACACAACUGCAUCAAGGAAACUUUAGUCCAGCCAUGCAAAUGCAAAUGCAAAUGCCGAACUUGCCACGCAAUUUUACUCACAGACCCGGGAAUGCCAUGCAACUUGAACAAUGUUUCCCCAUGCGAGCUCCUCGACCUGAAGUCCGCUUUACUCCCCCACGGUACAGUAGCAAUCUGGCGUUUGUUUCUGGUAGGCCACCUCCCAUUUCCGGUGGGCAGCAAGUUUAUGAUCCAUUCUCGCCUACAUCUGUAGCUGGUACACAACAGCAGGGGAGCAAUCCGCCAAGGUGAAAACUGCUGAAGUGCAUUGGGUGUUUGUAGUUCUGAAUUUGUCAAGUGCUGCACUUCUACGACAGAGGGAAAAGCUCAGAUAGCCUGCUAAGGUCCGAAUGAGCACUCUUUGCUGAUAUAGAAAAGUUGACUUUUGUAUUCAUGUUUCGCUAAAAAAUAUGAUAGAUUUCUUGGAAUGGAUGUGAGUUGAUGCUUUGCUGGUGAAUGAUAGUCGUACCCUUUCAAUGGA